AUGCAGAGUGGGACUGUGCUGAUUCGUAACGCCAACGAACUGAUGGACUAUAGUAAAGGGGAAGAAGAUGUAGUUGAAAAGCUAAUAAAAUCUCUUCAUGACGCUGGGAUCAACGCCGUGGUUUCGGGUGGCAAAUUUGGCGAGAUGCACAUUCAUUUCUUGAACAAAUACAACAUAAUGGGCGUGAAGAUUCAAAGCAAAUUUGAUCUUCGUCGACUUUGUCGAACAGUGAAAGCAGCUGCUUUGACGAAAUUAGUAAAAACUUUAAAAGCUGUGCCAAAAAGCGAAGAUAUAGGGCACUGUGAUCACAUCUAUGCAGACGAAGUUGGUGAUACUGAGAUUACGGUCUUCAAACAAGAGUCAUCUUCUAGUCGCGUUGCGACAAUCGUUAUCAGAGGAUCUUCAGAUAAUGUGAUGGAUGAUAUCGAAAGAGCCAUUGAUGAUGGUGUUAAUGCGUACAAAACUUUAACUAAGGAUGCGAGACUGCUGCCUGGCGCUGGUGCUGUAGAAGUGGAACUAGCUCGUCGGAUUGACUCAUAUGGCGAAGUAUGUCCCGGUCUCGACCAAUAUGCCAUUAAGAAAUUUGCAUUGGCUCUAGAAGCGUUACCAAAACAGCUGGCCGAUAAUUCUGGAGCUCGAUCGACGGUGGUCUUGUCGAAAUUGUACGCGGAGCACCAACAGAACAAGCAGCACAUGGGAGUUGACUUGGAUUCUGAGAAAGAUGGUGUCAUAAACGUUGUCCAAGCCGGUAUUUUCGACUUGUAUUUGUCUAAACUGGGAGCGAUUCGUUUAGCUACCAACGCUGCUUGUACAGUACUGAAAAUUGAUCAGAUUAUAAUGGCGAAACAGAGCGGAGGCCCAAAGCCAAAGACAAAAGGUCCUGACGAAGAGGACUAA